CUGUGGUGCACGUGAUUCAUUCAUGGCAGCAAGAUUCCCAAGUUACAAGGUCAAGACCGUGCACCGGUCGGUAGAAUAUUCCUCCGAUUUUGUGCAGCACGCACUGGCACUUUCGGUGAAUGCCGUGCGUAGUAGUCGCUCGGUGUUCACAGGCGGCAGGGACGCGGCAGCAGCAGCGGCAGCGGCAGCGGCAGCCACCAAACUCAUCCAUCAGGGCGGGUGCGAUGGGUGGAGGCGUGGCGGGAUGGAUCGACCUGGUUAUCCUUCACAUUAUGGGUGUUAGUUGGUUGGUGAUUGGGGUGAUUGAGGUGAUUGAGGUGAUUGAGGUGAUCGGGGUGAUGUUUUUGUAUGUUCUGGGAUGUUUUGGGAUGUUUUGGUAGUACGGUAUCCGUAGUGGGGUUGACUGCCGGAUACCGGAUACCGGAUACGCCGGAGUUGCACCCUUCUUCUGUUGCGCCGUCGAUGAAAGAGCCGCGGCUCUUUCGGAUUCCUGAGUGUAGCCCUCCUCUCUCCCGGCCGACCGAGUUCGAGGGUACAGGCAGGGGUGCAGGAACUUCCAAUCCACCCGAGUCUCCCUCCUGCUACCAAAAACUGACCUCAGACACCGACUUCUACCGUCCGCUUCCCGCCUCUCCGACUCUGCAUGGAGCCCUUACGUAGCUAUGUAGAGCGGCCUAUAUUCCUCGCUCUGUGACCGGCCUACGCACGCCCGCCCUUCAUAUUAUACAAACCAAUUCCCCUUGCUGGGCUCUGAACGAGACAUUACAUUCUCAAUCUCGUGUCUCACCUCGCACCAUCCCGCCCUUCCUUCCCACCUUCCCUUGGAGCGCCUCAAGAAAUAACCCCGCAAGGAAGGGGCGAAACCAAUCCACAACUCGAAAGCAAAACAAACUACCCCGCGGGAAGGGGCAACCCAUACUUCAAAGCCCCCCAAAAAGAUAAACAAACCACACAAAAAAGAGCAAUGAACCUACUACACCCCGGAGCCGGCCUCGACGGCCACGAAUACUCCAAGAACGCUCCAAAAUCCCGCUCUCCAUCACCACAAAUCACACUACACCGCACGAAGCUAGAAACACCCAGCAAACCAGCCCGCCGCACGACGACGGGCCAGCUCUCACCAACCAAGCUGCGCGAUAUCCCCGAUCGCGUCGCCGACGAUGCCAUGAGCGAUGAUGGGCGGUCGUGCGCGUACUCUGAGGGCAGCGCCGUGGCGCGGGGACGGUCGAAGAGGAAAUGUCGGCAUAGGAGCACGUCGUACUACCUGGCCCAUCCGGCGCCGACGUUGACGCAGAAGCAGAGGCUGCUGCAUAUCAGGCCCAAGCUGCUCUUGCAACUCCAGCAGCUCUCUGCGGACGCACGGCCGCGCCCGAUGGUGGAUGUGAUAUCCUCGUCUACAUUCGUUCCGCGGCUGUCGAAGAAAUUCCCGAACCUCUACAGGGGCUCUGGGGAGCUGGGGAUAAACGACGUCAUGAUUGUGCGGAGCGAUGACUACGACGCUCUCGACGAGGAGAAGGAGGUUGAAUCCGUUGUAGAGGAUGCCGCGCGGGAUAGGGACGUGCUGGCGGUCAUCUGCCAAGUCCCCAAAGGCGACCUCGGAACAGUGGAGAUAUGCCUCGAAGACGGCUCACGCUGGACCGCCGGACCCUCCUCUAAAGGCGUGCUAGAGCUGAUCAAAACAGAUCCCCUGACCGGCGAGCGCACUAUCGGGCGCUGGGUGCCGAGAGGGACAUCGAGGCGUAAUUCCCUUCAGACGCCUGCGAGGGGGACGGGGCCCGCGGGCGCGGAGCCGACGUACCAGUUUAGUUUUAUCGAUCCGAGUACGCGGCGCCAUCCCAUCCUAGCGACGUUGACGCAGGGGACGCUCAAGAUCUCGGAUACGUAUAGUCCCGUCGCUAAUUCGGAGGAGGAGCACCCGCCUGUGUCGUCGAGGACGUCGUUGGAUGGGGAGCAGGGGGAUGGCGAUUCGAAUAUGAAUGUGGAUCGUAAAGUCCUGACGGUCUAUGAAGAGCAGCGCCUUCUUAUCGAGGUCUCGGCGGUUUGGGUGGCGCUGAAGCAGGGGUGGUGUCCGUCUUUCCGAUACGGGGAUUGUUGUUCUCCUACCUCGUCGGCGAAAUUCGCUACCCCGCCUUCGUCGUCUACGGCCUCGUUUAAGGGUGAGAGGCCGCGCUCCUUCUCCCUUACGCCUAGUGGGGCGGCGCGACACCGACGAUCGAGGAGUAACACCGUGACGUCCAUCCCCGAAUCGGUCGAUAGCUCCACCGGCACCACGCGAUCGCGGCGUGGCGUGUUUGCGAGGGCGACGUUCAGCGCUAGUACCUUCUCCGCCGCUCUGGUCGAGUCGGAGGCUGGGGCUGGGAAUAAGCGUAACUCGGCGCCGCCGUCGGCGUUUCAGCAACUGCAGUUUAAGCUGCCCGAACGGUCGUUUUCGAAUGGGGCGGCGUUUAUGCAGAAGGCUGCUAAGAGGAGGGCGGGGAGGCCGGCGAGUUCGAGUGGGAGUGAGGGGGUGGGGACGCCGAGGAGGGGGUCGUUGGAUGGGAUUGGUCCGGGGUUGGGAUUGCCGAGUCUGGGGUUCAGGGAGAGUCUGGUGAAGGACCGGAGGAGACCGUUGUCUGAGGUUGUGGGGGGGAAGAUUGGGAGGAGGGGUGGGGAGAGUGAGGGGAAGAAGACGCCGCCGCCGCCACCCGUGGCGAAGAAGGAUAAGGAGAAGGAGAAUCGGAGGUUUAGUUCGAUUAUCAAGUUUUUUAGGAGGGGAAGGGGGGGAGGAGUUGAGAGGCGACGCGACGACACACAACUAUAA